AUGAAAUGGACAGACGAAUAUAAUGAAGCUAUAAUAAGAAUUUACUACAAAAUAACUCAAUGUGAGAAAAAUAAAAUAGCAUAUAGGAAACUCUUACACCAAGAGUUUAUAAACCAAUUCCCCCAUUUAAGUCAUUUGACAGAGCAACGCAUAUCUGACCAAAGAAGAUUAAUUCUUCAUAAGAAAUAUUUAAGUGUUGACCGUUUAGAAUUAAUUAAGAAUGACUUGCAAGAACAGCAUAACGAUAUACAAGCCAACGACAACUCAAUACUUCAGAUAGGUAUCACAGACAACGAAGACCCAGAUACAGAAAGUUUAGAUUUAAAUGCUGAAAACCACACAACAAAUGAAAAUGAAAAUUUACAUAGGGAAAAGAUAAUUGCCAUAGAUGAAAUGUUCGCUAAAGCUUUGGAAUAUUUUGCUAAUACAAACCCAACAGAAAGACAAUUUAUACCAAAGCAGAGGUCAUCGAAAAAAUUGAGUAAAAUAGUCGCCUAUACAGCGAAAUUGAAUUUAAAACAUUUCAGAAUUUAG